AGAGUGGCUAUGGGCAACCUCAGACAGGUGGAGGAGACGUCCUUAAGCAGCUGAACCGCACCGUGGUUGGACUUGGGGACUGGGCUGGGCUGCGGGACGAGCGGCGGUGGACGCUGUGCACGCUCGGUGCGCGGAUCCUCCUGCGGCUGCUGGAUUCACAAUAUGAUACCAAACCCAAAACAUGCGUUGGCUUGGCUGAUUCUCCCCAUCCUGCGCCUCCUCACACAUGCUGGACACUUAAACGUGAACGCGGGGAGGACGAGGGAUGUAGUUGCGAUGGAUAAAUGAGGAAUACGCAUGGACAUUAUUUUCCCCCCUGAGAAUAAUUGUUUAUAAUAACCAUCGCUCGCCUGUUUUGGCAAUGGAGAACCAAGCAGCCGAGCCGCAGAACUAUGAAGAUGUACAGAAAAGCGGGUAUCUCCGCAAGCAUAAAUCAAUGCACCGGCGAUUUUUCGUGCUGAGGGCGGCCUCGGAGCAUGGUCCCGCUCGACUUGAGUACUACGAGAACGAGAAGAAAUUCCGCAGUAAAUCACCUGUGCCCAAAAAAGUCCUGAACCUGGAGACUUGCUUCAACAUCAACAAGCGGGCAGAUUCCAAGAACAAGCACAUGAUAGUGCUUUAUACCCGCAGCGAGAGCUUUGCCAUCGCUGCAGACAGCGAGGAGGUCCAAAAUGAGUGGUACCAAGCAAUGCUGGACCUCCAGGGCAACUGUAAAACCCCUGAAGACUAUGGCAGCAGUGGAGAGUGUAGCUCUCCAUCUCCUGUUCCAACCUUCAAGGAAGUGUGGCAGGUCAAGGUUUGGCCUAAAGGUCUCGGACAUGCCAGGAAUUUAGUAGGCAUCUACCGGCUGUGCCUAACUGACAAGACAGUCAACUUUGUCAAGCUCAACUCUGAUGUGGCCUCUGUAGUGUUGCAGCUGAUGAAUGUCCGAAGAUGUGGUCAUUCAGAGAAUUUUUUCUUCAUUGAGGUGGGGCGCUCAGCUAUUACUGGCCCCGGAGAGUUCUGGAUGCAGGUGGAUGACUCCGUGGUGGCUCAGAACAUGCACGAGACCCUGCUGGAGGCCAUGAAGGCCCUUAGUGAGGAGUUCCGUCAGCGCAGUAAAUCUCAGUCUGUGGGAACAUCAUGUGGAGGUGGUACUGCUUCAAAUCCCAUCAGUGUCCCGAGCCGUCGUCAUCACCCAAAUCUGCCACCGAGCCAGGUGGGCUUCUCGAGACGGGCACGCACGGAGACCCCCGGAACAGGAGGCAGCAGCACGAGCACAUCACCUACAUCGCGCCACGGGUUUCCAAGGGCGCGAACAGCCAGCAUCGGAGCCAGGUCGGAGGAGAGUGGAGCAAGUGCCAAAGGGACGUGGGCCAGCUCCAGCCCAAGUCUCAAUGGAUCCUGCUCAACUACCCCAACUCUGAGACCCAAGCCCACCCGGGCCCCAACCCCUGCUAAGAUUACCCUCAGCCUUGCACGUUACACACCUAACCCUGCUCCUUCCCCUGCGCCGAGUCUGUCCUCCAGCUCUGGUCAUGGCUCAGAGUGUGGACUAGUGGGGGCAGCGGUGGGAGGCAUGACGAUCUGCUCCUACCCUCGUGUAUCACAAAGAGUUUCUGUUUCAGGUUCACCGAGCGACUAUGGAUCCUCAGAUGAGUACGGCUCCAGUCCCGGCGAGCACUCUCUGCUCCUACCAAGCCUGUCAGGACAUCACGUACAUGGAGAAGGCUCCUCUAGCUAUAUCGUCAUGGGACAGCGAGAGAGUCUGCUUGGUUCCCAUCAUCGCUCCAAAGGCAGACGGAUACUGCGGCGUUCAUCCAGUCGUGAAUCAGAGGCAGAACGUAGACUUCUCAGUAAGAGGGCUUCACUGCCUGUGGCGUCCCACGAGCGGCUGACUCCACAUAGAAAAGAUGAAGAUGAUGAGGACGACGAAGAAUACGCCAUCAUGUCGCAGAGCGCUAACACACAGCGAGCUGAUUUGCACCAUGAUUCAGGCAGACUGAGAGUUAGGGGUGGGCAACUUGUAGGGGAGAAUAGGAAGAGGUCUGACAAAAGUGGGGAAGAAGUGGACAGAGGAGCAGCUGUGGAUAGUGGCUAUAUGUCAAUGUUGCCUGGAGUGACAUCUCCUCCUGUUUCACUUUCUCUCUCAAUAGGUAUUUCUGACUCCGGUACUAAACCCGGGGCAGAUGACGAAUACAUGGCCAUGACCCCCAACAACAGCGUGUCCCCCCCUCAGCAUAUCCGCCAGCCCAGUUCAGAGGGCUACAUGGUCAUGUCUCCCAAUAGCAGCAGCUCCACAGACCUGCAUGGACUAGGCAUGUGGGAUAGCAGGGGCAACAUGGAGAGCCGGGCUGCCAGUGACUACAUGAACAUCUCACCUGUCAGCAGCCGCUCUGCUUGCAGCACACCGCCUUCCCAUCCUGAACAGCACCAACUUCAACCAAAAAUGUUCAACUCCUACUUCUCACUGCCACGAGCUUAUCAACACACUCUCUAUACUCGCUUUGAGGAUGACUUGAACAAAGGAGAAGGAAAAAAAGAUGGCAGUGGGCACGAUAGUGCUGGACGGGGAGGAGGAGUUGGAUACAGCAAGAGAAACAAAAUUGCAAUGGGCGCUGCUGGAAGCUGCCAACUUUCCAUGUCUUCCUCUUCUUUCUCCUCUAGCUCUGCCAGUAGUGAAAGCCUCGAAGACAAGUCCAUAUCAGCGGGGAGAGGGUUAAGUUUAUUAAGAACCGGAGCAGAAUACAAGAGUGCAGGAACAAGCACGAAAGAUGGGCGUCACCAACAAAAACGUGCAUCGAGCAGUAAGAGUCCAAAGCAACAAAGGCGGGGUCGUCCCCUCAGCGUGUCUUCAGACAUUACUAAAGCAAACACGCUGCCCAGGGUUAAAGAGAAUCUGCCGCCAUCAGUGUCUCAGAAUGUUGGUGAGUAUGUCAGCAUUGUCUUCAAGGAAGACAGUAAAUAUGGCGAAGGACGAUGUGCAGGUUCCGAACGUCCUGUGAUCCAUGGAACGCUCCGACCCGUGAAUCAACCGCUCCUCCGCCAUGAUAAUCCUGCUAACCUUCCCCGCAGCUUCUCUGCACCAUUGUCCACCUCUGCUGAGUACGUCAGCAUGGAUUUAGGGAAAUCCUCAACACCAGUGACUCAUGUUAGAUCCACAUUCAGCACCCAACAGGGCCCACCAGCUGUUGCCCCUAAGGCCCGACACGAGCACGGCACGUCCUCUCCUCUGGCCGCAGAGGGCAACGUGGGCUACAGAACAAAAAUAAAGACAGCAGCAGCGCUGACAGAAGUCCCGCCUCCAUUUACGGAGAGCAAAGCCUCAGAUCCCAGCACUUCAGCACGACCUGCCAUCCACUCUGGUCAACCCUUACCUGUGGAGCAGGAGACAGGUUUGGGCUUUUCCCCAGUCAAGUCCUUCCAGUCUCCGGAGCGGAGCAGCAGACUGGUCCGAGGUGACCAGCAGGGACGCCUAAGCCACUGCCCAGAGACAUUCAAUUCACCUCCCUCACUACCACGCCACGCAUCCUCUUCUACCUCCCUCUUCCCAGAGGGCAGCCAGGCAGUGGGCCAUCGGCAUGGUUUGGACUGCUCACUGUGGGAGAGCGGGCAGGCUGCUAGUAUGUCUGCCACACCUCCACCUCAAGCCUCCACCUCAUCUGGAGAACAAGGCCUUAAUUAUAUUGACCUUGACUUGGCCAUUAAGGAGAGCCCUCAAGCUGGAGUGGAGCACACCUCUUCUGCCUACAACAUGGGAGGAAGCGCUAUGGGUAGCAGUGCUGGCUCCAGCCUCAACACUUACGCCAGUAUUGAUUUCUAUAAAUCAGAAGAAUUGAGAGCACACCAGAACAGUAGAAAAGAUGGUCAAGACUGUUGAUCUCCAUCUUCGUCUUGGAUCUUAGAGUGACAGUCCGUCAGGGGAGGGGUGGCAGCCCGAUCUGUUGCCACAACAGAACUGUACACUGGAGUCUGAACACUGAAACCCUGGAAAACUCAUCCCCAUCCCGUCUGCUGUUUUCUGUCAACCAAACGUGUGCCAAACACACCACACACACAGACACACAGACACACACACACAUA